GGCUCCGGCUCCUGGGCUGCUCUGCAGCGCGCAGUACGAAAGGUGCAGCGUGAGCGGUUGGAGCCGGUGCUGGGUUGAGGUUCCACGGAAGACACGAGGUGGGGAGAAGCUCAGUCUGGUUCCCAGUUCCAUGGUAAAAGACUGAAUCAUUCGUCAUUACGCAUCAGAAUGGCUGAACACCCAUUGUGGGAGCAGAUUGGUAGAGGUUUUGUGCAUCACUAUUACCAACAGUUUGAUGUAGACCGAACACAGCUUGGGACUCUUUAUAGUGACUGUUCCUGCUUAACAUGGGAAGGACAACCUUUCCAGGGAAAAGCUGCAAUAAUGGAGAAAAUAGCUAGCCUACCAUUCCAGAAAAUUCAACAUAGUAUAACUGCAGAGGACCAUCAGCCAGCACCGGACAGCUGUGUUCUUAGUAUGGUGGUAGGACAGCUAAAGGUGGAUGAUGACCCUGUGAUGGGUUUUCAUCAGUUAUUCCUUCUGAAAAAUGAUAGUGACAAGUGGAUCUGCACAAAUGACAUGUUCAGAUUGGCUCUACAUAACUUUUGCUAGACCUGCUUUAUAGACCUGUUCUAUAAUUUUUAGUCGAAAUUGUAGUGAAGCAGUGUAUUCACAAGAGCACUGUUGUGGUACAGGACCAACGUAAUGAACUGAAUUACUUAAUGAAAAUGAUUGCAGUAUUUGCCUGUUAAGAUUUUCAAUCUGUUCAGCAUUCAAAGGUCAGAUGCAAGAUCAGAGUGUUUAGUCAACCAGUGACUGAAAAUGAGUGUUUGAAGUUAUCUGUAAAUGGUUUCCUUAAGUGCCUCUUUUUUUUUUUGUUCAUGAAACACUUGAACAUAUUUGAAAACUCCUGAUAGGACCUUUUGUUAAUGAAGGGUAUUUUACAAAAGGUCACUAAUCAAUUCAGAAGAUUAUCAUCCAUACUUGUCAGGUUCUUGUAAAAUGUCCACAGAAGACACUUGUU